AGAGGGCGUACAGCACGGAGGCAACCAGAACCAUCAGUUUAGUUCGAUCGAGACAGCCGACGGGUGAUGACGUACGUCCUGUCACGCUGACGGUUCCUUUUUUUCUCAUACUCAUAUUUUUUUUCCACACACAAAAAUAACAAUAAAAUAAACAAACUUGCGUGCCAAGACCUUCAUCAGGGGCUAACAAGUGCUUUCUCAAUGUGUGCAUGCUUUUUUGGGGGCUUCUAGGGUGUAUGUGCGUGCGGGGGUGAAGAACGAGAACAAUAAAAAGGUGUCGUCAAUGAGCCGCCUCAAUCACUGAGGGUAGUUUCUGUUUUUUUUUUCUUUCUGAAAAAAUUGUGUGUGCAAAGUGCCUUUCUUCUUUUAUAUACAUGCAAUAAAAGGGGCCGGACUUGCAUUUGUGUUCAUCGCACACACACACACUUAAACUUAGGGGGAUAGGCUGUAAGUUCGAAGGAUUAAAGGAAAAGCAAAAAAAAAAGGAAAAACUUUAUGUGAAGUGAAAAUGUCGAGGAGUUUGUGUAGAAAAUCCCCUCAGAGGAUGAUGAGGAUGCUUGUCCUCAUCAGCUGCCUGGCUGUGGCACCCUUGGAUGCUGCUCCAUCCCUCAACACCGGCGUCUGUGCCGCCGUGACGCAUUUUUUUGAAGCAAAAGGACUCCGGAUAAACCCCAAUGAAAUCCCCAAGGAACCCAUCAAAGAUUUGCCCCUCAAGUACUGCUCAGUCCCGGCAGCGGGCACGUGUUGCUCCUACAACAUGGAAAUGCGCCUCGCAGACAUCUCCAGGGUUCACAUGGAGAGACAGACCAAAGAUUUAAUUGGAAAAUUAGCCUCCGUGCUCCACAAUCGCGCACAAAAGUUCAAUGAUUACUUCAAAGACCUGCUGUCGGAGUCCAAAAAGGAAUUCCACGCCAUGUUCAAGAGGACCUACGGGGCUAUCUACGAACAAAACUCAUAUGUCUUCUCGGACCUCUUCACUGAGCUCGAAGGCUACUACGCCAGGGGUAAGGUGGACCUCUCAGAGGCGAUGGAUUCCUUCUUCAACACCCUCUACCAGAAGAUGUUCACCGUCCUCAAUUCUCAAUUUACAUUUGACGACAAAUACUUGGGAUGCGUGAGUGAGCACAUGAAGCAACUGAAGCCAUUCGGUGAUGUCCCAGACAAGCUUUCCGUGCAAAUAAAGCGCUCCUUCGUGGCGACACGAACCUACGCACAAUCACUGGCCGCAGCAGCGGAUAUUGUGAAGAACAUGAUGAAUAUCAAACCAAAUUUGGAGUGUGUGGUUGCACUCACGAAGAUGCAAUGCAACGUCUGCAGUGGUCAGACAGCAAAGCCGUGUGCAAAUUAUUGCGUUAACGUCAUGAAGGGUUGUCUGCAGUACCACACAGAGAUGGAUCAUGAGUGGGAUAACUUCCUCACAUCCAUGGAGAAGCUCUCAGAUCGUCUUCUGGGGCCUUUCAACGUGGUCAUGGUGGUGGAGCCGAUUAACAUUAAAAUCUCCGAAGCCAUAAUGAACUUCCAGGAGACAAACAAGGACAUUUCCAAUCAAGUAUUCCAAGGCUGUGGACGACCAAUGCUGGGACGCCGACGACGCGAUGCUGACCCUGAAGGUUUCACCUUUGAUGACGACGAGACAACACGACAGAGUCGAUCAGCUGAACCAGCCGGAAGUCAGGAGCUUGGAAAGUUCGAACCAUUGCGUUUUAGCAAUGGCGAUAACUACAGCGAAAACGGUCGAAGGAAGAACAAGAAUAAGAAUCGCAACAAAGCCCGAAAGGGUGACAACUACGAUGAUGACUACAGCAAAGAGCCAGUCUUGGAUAAACUCAUCAAGGAUAUCAAGCAAAAGGUGAAGGAUACCAAGAACUUCUGGUCCAACCUUCCCUACCAAAUCUGCAACAAUGAAGACAUGGCUGCAGCUCCUUCCAUUGAGGACUACUGUUGGAAUGGACAUGCAGUUGAUAGGUACGUCCAUCCAGUGAUCACGGAUAAUAAAUUAAAUCCAGAAUUCUCGAGUUCAGCUCCCGCCAAGAGGAGUACGAUUUUGGACGCUCAGCUGUACAGCCUGAGGACGUCAAUUAGUCAACUGAAAAACGCUUACAAUGGGCUCGAUGUUGAGUGGAGUGAUCAAGAGGAGGGUGAGUACGGAAGCGGCUCUGGAAGUGGUGUGGAUGAUGAUGAGGAUACAGGUGGCUCAGGAAUGGGUGGGUAUGACUUUGAGGCCCACAUUCCGCCACACAUCACCCACAACGAGAUCUCUCCGGGUCGUGGCCUGGACACACUGCCGGCAAACACGUCCCAUCCAACGGGUGGACAUGUGGACGAGCCACCACCGGGUAGGGUCGAUGAGGACGUGGUGCGGGAGCACGAGAACACGCAUCUCAAUGAGGUGGGCCCGAAAGGGGGUACGGAGAGUGGUGGUACAGCCACGCGAAUCCCGGAGAUGUCCAUCGGGCGGGCUCUGGUCACGUACAUGUUCCCCAUCUUUAUGGCCUGGUUCGGUGGCAUGUUCUCAGAAUUGCUGUGAUAAACUUUUUAUUAUUAUUUUUAUUUUUAAUACACUCGAUAGGCGUUUUAUUUUAAUGAAUUUACCCCACAGGGCCCACUAUAAGUCGUGAGUGGGUGAUGUUUUGGGGUGGGCGAGGGGCGGAAGUUGCCGUACUUCCUGCCAAAUAGGAGGAACUGUGAGUUGUUGUGUGUGUGUGUGUUGUUUUCUUUUGAGAACCUCGUGUGCGGGAGAAGUUUUUCUGCCCGCGGGAAAGAUAAAGAAAAAAAAAACAGAUAAAAUGCGGGGAAUUAUUUAAAACAGACACACCCUCUGUCAACAGAAACCAAUUACAUCGUUGCGUGAGCCAACAAGUGAAAGAAAUUUCAAAAAAAAAAAAAAAAAUGAUGAGCAACUAAUUUCAAUGUGUUGUUGUAUGAGUGUGGUAUAAAAAAGGAUUACAAGUUUAAUAGGAAUAAAUUUUUAAAAUUAUUUAAUUUUUAAAUUAUGAAUUAUUUAUACAAUAAAUUGAGAGAGAAAAAUAUGGUGAUGAAAAAUCAUUCACUGUAAUUUAUCAACAAAAAAAUGCAAAGAGGAUGAACAAAAAAAAAGAUUGGAGGAGUAACAAUCAAUAUAAAUAUAGGUAGGAAGAAUUUAAAGGGUGUUCUAAUUGAGCACAGGGUGGCCCAUACUUGAUGUGUGAUGGAUAUUCUACCGAGAAAUGGAAUGAAAGUAUUUUAUUUCUUUUUUAAUUAUUCAUCAUUUACAAAGAUUUAUUUGUUUAUUGAUUUUAUCAUUUUCAGAAUGAAUUUAAUUAAGAACGAACAAAUAAUGAUAAAAAAAUGUAUUGGUAAGCUGACCAAGCUUACGAGAGCUGUGUUUCUUUCAGUGUACCAAUUUUGUGAGAGCAAACUAGAGCGUAAAUUAAUUUAAAUACGCGCAAAGUCGGGAAAAGUUGAAAAGUCAUUCCCCAAGAAAUCUUUAAAACGCCAUAUCUCGGGAACGGCUCCAUAGAUUUUCGAUUUUUAACUAUCGUUGGAAAGGUCUUAAUCUCAACUAUAACAUAUUAAAAUACGAAGUAAAUCGAUAAUGGCGUUUUCGAAAUAUUCGAGUUCAAAAUUUUAGAAAAUUUUGAUUUUGACUUUCGCGCUUCUCGCGGUCAUUUCUCGAAGUUGCAAUGUUCUAGACAUUUGUAGGGCUUCACGAAACCUUUCAUUUGCACUUAAGUUGAUCAAAAUCGGACUUGUAGAACCUGAGAUAUGACAUGUCAAAGUUGCAACUCAAUAUUUUCAAAAUGGCGACAUAAUUUUUUAAAAUUUUUUUUUAUAAAUAGAUGUUAUAGUAGACUAUAAUAUAUCAAAAAAUGAAGCAAAUCGAUAAUGGAGUUUUCGAGAUAUUCAUCGAAAACUCAUCGAAAAUUUUGUUUUUGAUUUUUGGCCCCCUAGCGGUCACUUUUGAAACUUCGGAUGUUCUAGAGAGUUGUAGAGUUUGUUGAGAGCUUUCAUUUGACCCCGGGUUGAUCAAAAUCGGUAGAGCCGUUUUCGAGUUAUGGUCGAUUUUCGAUGAAAAAUUGUGGCGGCCAUAUUGACUAAACCGCUCGACCGAUUUUCGAAAAUGAGGUAUCGUUGGAAAGGUAUUGAUGUCCCCUACAACAUAUCAAAAUUUCAGAUUUUUAGCUCUUACAGGGGCUGAGAUAUAGGCAAAACAAAAUUUUGAGGUUAUUCAAAAUGGCGGACGCGGGGGUGGGGGUGGAUUUGACCUCACAAUCGGAUGUCUUCCGGUCAAUAUUUAAACUUUGCCGUUUACCGCAAGUCUCUAUCUAUCACCGUUCUCUUGCAAUUUAACGUUAUACUAUGGACGGACGGCCGGAAAAAAUUUUUUUUUGGCGCAUACGUUUUUUGGAAUGUGGGGACCCUAAUUCGUGCUCAUACCAAGUUUGAGCCCGAUCUGAAGACUUUCGAUUUUGCUCGGUACACAAAAGCUGUGUCUGAAAAAAACACAGCUAAAAGAAAAUUCGUUUGGAAAUCAAAGAAAAAUCUUAUAAAAAAUAUUUUUUUUUACUAUUUUAUCAUGAAAAAAAAAUUUCAAACCCUAAAAGUAUUAAAAUAAAAUAAGAAUUGAAAAUUUCCAAUUUAUUGAGAUAAUCCCACAAACAUCAAGUUUGGAUCACCCUGUUGAAUCUGUGCCAGACAUUUUAUAUUGAGUAUUAUUCUCUUUUUUUUAUUAACAAGUGGUAUAUAUAAUUUUGUGAAACUGCCAGGAUAUCCUGCGCAGAACAAGUGGAAGUUGUUCAAAAAAAUGUGUCAUGUAAUUUUUAGUUAAAAUUUCACAUAUAAAAUACUACUUAAUGUCUCUUGUAAACACUGCUUAUCCCAUAUCCUUUCACUUCACUUUGAGCUUCCACUAAAAGCUCCUUCUGAGAUGAACGGAAUUUUCUUUUCUUUUGAGCUUUUUUUCCCACAUCCUUGUGAGAAAGAAUCUUUCCUUUAGCCCAACGCUUAUUAUUUUUUUUUCUUUUUUAUUAUGAAGAGAAUAAAAGAAAAGUUUUGUAAAUAAAUUUCGUGAAUACGUACAGGGAGGUGCAAAAAAAGUGUGUGGGAGGUGAAUCACUUUAAGUAAUGAAAAGUAUCUUUAUGGAGAAAAGCAUGGAAAAUGUAUCUCAGUGGCACAAUUAAAGUCCUCUCACGAACAAAGUCCUUUUUCCAAUUUAGGUGAAAAAUAUAUCUGUUUUUCCAUUGAUGUCAUUUUUAUCUUAUAAAAAGAAAUAGAAAAGAGAACAGAGGAAGAGAGAGAAACAAGAUGAAAAUUAAUGUGAUUGAAAAAUCUUUUUUAUAUUGAUUUAACAUUUAAGUGAGGAGAGAAUUGUGAGAAGAAAAAAAAUGAAUAGACUGUACACUAAUUUAGGAAUAAUUUUUUUCUGUGUAAAAAAAAUCCCAAUGAAUUUUUAAAAAUUAUUUAGGUUCUUCUAACCUUCUCGAUUUGUCCUCGAGAGGUGAGCAAUAUAACAUUUUAAAUUAAAAGAAAAAAGAUAAUAAAAUAGAGAAAAGUCAAAAAAGAACCAAUCCGAAAGGAUUAAAAGGCUCCGACAGAGUUUUUUGCAUAUUUUUUAGAACGAAAAAAAAAAGAAAUGUGAAAAAAAUAUGAAAAAUGUGUUUUUUACAGGAUCUAUUGUAUACCUUCUUACCCCGUAAUUGAUGAAGAAUAAAGAAAAAAGAUUUAUGUAAAUAAAA